CUUCCCAUUUCGCCUCCUCUGUGCCUCUGUUCCAGUCCAGAUCUGAAUCCCUCCAUCUGGUUGACUGUUGCUACAUCAGUCUCACAGGGUGAAGGCACUUGGCAGGGAUAAGAUUGUGAAACAUGGCUGAGGAUAAAAGCAAGAGAGAUUCCAUUGGAUUAAAAGCGAAGGAAGGCCAGACCAACAACGGGUUUGUACAAAAUGAAGACAUCCUGGAGACUGACCUGGACCCAAGCAGCCCAGCGGCUGGGCCACAGCACAACACCGUGGACAUCCUCGGCCCCGGGGAGCCCGACGUGAAGGAUGUCCGGCCCUACGCUGGGAUGCCCAAAGAGGUGCUAUUUCAGUUCUCCGGCCAGGCCCGCUACCGGAUACCGCGGGAGGUGCUCUUCGGGCUCACCGUGGCUUCCGUGCUCUUGCUCAUUGCGGCCACCAUAGCCAUCAUUGCCAUCUCUCCCAAGUGCCUGGACUGGUGGCAGGCGGGACCCAUGUACCAGAUCUACCCAAGGUCUUUCAGGGACAGCAACAAGGAUGGGGACGGAGAUCUGAAAGGUAUUCAAGAUAAAUUGGAUUACAUCACAACUUUAAAUAUAAAAACUGUUUGGAUUACUUCAUUUUAUAAAUCAUCCCUGAAAGACUUCCGACAUGCUGUUGAAGAUUUCCGAGAAAUUGAUCCCAUUUUUGGAACAAUGAAAGAUUUUGAGAAUCUGGUUGCAGCCAUACAUGAUAAAGGUUUAAAAUUAAUCAUCGAUUUCAUACCAAACCACACCAGUGAUAAACAUGCUUGGUUUCAAUGGAGUCGGAACCGGACAGGAAAAUAUACUGAUUAUUAUAUCUGGCAUGACUGUAACUAUGAAAAUGGCACAACCAUACCACCCAACAACUGGUUAAGUGUAUAUGGAAACUCCAGUUGGCACUUUGAUGAGGUACGAAAACAAUGCUAUUUUCAUCAGUUUAUGAAAGAGCAACCUGAUUUAAAUUUCCGUAAUCCUGAUGUUCAAGAAGAAAUAAAAGAAAUUAUACAGUUUUGGCUCUCAAAAGGUGUUGAUGGCUUUAGUUUCAAUGCUCUUCAAUAUCUUCUAGAAGCAAAGCAUCUGAGAGAUGAGGCCCAAGUGAAUAAGACCCAAAUCCCGGACACGGUCACUCACUACUCGCAGCUGCACCAUGACUUCACCACCACACAGGUGGGAAUGCACGACAUUGUCCGCAGCUUCCGGCAGACCAUGAAUCAAUACAGCAGGGAGCCAGGGCGAUACAGGUUCAUGGGGACUGAAGCCCAUGGAGAGAGCAUCACCGAGACCAUGGUGUACUAUGGGUUGCCUUUCAUCCAAGAAGCAGAUUUUCCCUUCAACAGUUACCUCAGUAAACUAGACAAGCCUUCUGGCAACAGUGUGUCUGAGGUUAUCACAUCCUGGCUGGAAAACAUGCCAGAAGGAAAAUGGCCUAAUUGGAUGACUGGUGGACCAGACAAUGUCCGGCUGACUUCUCGUCUGGGAGAGAAAUAUGUCAACGUCAUGAACAUGCUUGUUUUCACACUGCCUGGAACUCCCAUAACUUACUAUGGGGAAGAAAUUGGAAUGAGAAACAUUUUAGCUGCAAAUGUCAACGAAAACUAUGAUACUGGUACUCUUUUCUCAAAGUCACCAAUGCAGUGGGACAAUAGCUCAAAUGCUGGUUUUUCUGAAGGCAAUCAUACCUGGUUACCCACCGGUUCAGAUUACCAUACUGUGAAUGUUGAUGUCCAAAAGACUCAGCCCAGAUCAGCACUGAAGUUAUAUCAAGAAUUAAGCCUGCUUCAUGCCAAUGAGCUGCUCCUCAGCAGGGGGUGGUUUUGCUACUUGAGGAAUGACAACCAUUCUAUCAUGUACACAAGAGAGCUGGAUGGGAUAAACAAAGUCUUCCUCAUGGUUCUGAAUUUUGGAGAAUCAUCACUGCUAAAUCUAAAGGAAAUGAUUUCAAAUAUUCCCACAAGAGUGAGGAUAAGGUUAAGUACCAAUUCUGCCUACAGUGGCCGUGAAGUUGACACGCAUGCUGUCACACUGGCCAGUGGAGAAGGACUCAUCCUUGAAUACAACACUAGGAAUCUCCUUCAUCGUCAAACAGCUUUCAAAGAUAGAUGUUUUGUUUCCAACCGGGCAUGCUAUUCCAGGGUAUUAAACAUACUGUACAGCUUGUGUUAGGCACCUCUAUGAAAGAGAUGGAGACACUGGCAUUCCGUUCUAGUCUAAGCAUUUGCAGUAACUUCACAUAUAGCAGCAUGCUCUGGGUAAACUUUAUGAGUGGUCAUUAAUUCUUUUUUUUUUUUUUGGCUGCACCAUGUGGCAUGUAGGAUCCUAGUUCUCUGGCCCGGGAUCAAACCUGUGCCCCCUACACUGGGAGUGGAGACUUAACCACUGGACUUCCAGGGAAGUCCCGAAUGGCCAUUAAUUCUGAUAUAUUUCUGUAACUUGAGUGAAACUGCUUUAGGGAAGGUUCUUAAAUGUGUUUCAAGAAUAAUAAAAUGUUUAAAAGAAAAUGAUCACUUGCAGGUACUUGUAACUUUUUGAAAUAACAUCAAUAAAAGAUGAUCAGAGCA